AUGGCCACUUUCCAAGCAAGAAGAAUACGUCAGAAGUACGCAAAACUAUUUGGCUGCAAAGAUGCUCCAAGAUACCCGCACAAAGGUCCCAUCUUCGGACUUGACCUCUUCUUCGACAAUCAAGAGCAUGCCAAAACUUUCACACUGCUUGAAACAUGGACUACUCGCUUUGAGAAGUAUGGCCAUACAUUCAGAGCGAAUUUCCUUGGAAGCUCGGCGAUCUGUACUAUCGAUCCAGUAAAUAUUCAAGUGGUGCAUGGCUCGAACUUUAAGGAUUAUGGAGUGCAACCGCUGAGACGAGCUGCGACUCUGCCUUUUCUAGGAGAGGGAGUCUUUACUAUGGAUGGUGCGUUUUGGGAGUAUUCGAGGAAUUUAAUACGUCCUACGUUCAACAAGACGAAUGUUACGAACUUGUCAGCUUUUGAGGUCAACUUGAAGAAGUUCUUCGACUUACUACCUCGGGAUGGGUCAACGGUGGAUUUAAAACCCUUCGUAUGCAGACUGUUUAUUGAUACAUCCACCGAGUUUUUAUUUGGAGAGUCAAUGAAUAUCCUAGCUAUAAAAAGCCCAGCUCGAUCACAAGAAUUCCUCGAUGCUUUCCAUUAUGGCCUGCGUGGGACUGGUGCACGACUGCAGCUCGGGAAAUUAGAUUUUCUAUACCGAGACAAGAAGUGGAGAGACUCGAUCAAGGUAGCUCAUGCAUUCGCCCACCACUAUGUCGAUAAAGCAAUUCAGUACCGAAAUAAUCGCCUUGCAGAGGACAACUCCCUGAGUAGUAAGUCAUACAAGACAGAUGAUGCCAGACACAAAUAUGUUUUACUACAUGAGAUGGCCCUGGAGACAGGCAAACGAGACGUUUUGCGAAACCAAAUCAUGCAUGUCUUCCUUGCUGGGCAUGAGUCCAGCGCGGUUGCUAUUGGCAAUGCUAUUUUUCAGCUUUGCCGCAAUCCAGAUAUGUGGAAUAAACUCAAGUCAGAAGUUCUUGAUCGAGAAAAAGAGCCUUUGACGCCUGAUGCAUUGAAGAAUAUGAGAUACUUGCAGAACAUCAUCAAAGAAACCCUUCGUCUCUAUCCCGUGGCUAGCACGGCCACACGAAUAGCAUAUAGAGACACAAUACUUCCAACAGGAGGUGGCGCUGACCGAAACUCCCCCGUCUUCGUCCCAAAAGGCUCGACGGUCAUGACGCCAGUGUAUGCUAUCCAUAGACUAGCAGAUUGUUUUCAACCCAAUCCGAACGCUUUCCAGCCCGAGCGAUGGGAGGAACUCAAGCCGGGAUCGAGCUAUAUACUGUUCGGAUGGGGACCGAGAACUUGUCCUGCGCAAAAUAUGGCAGAAAUGGAAGUGGCUUACACUUUAGCAAGGACGGCCCAAGAAUGGGAGAACAUUGAGUGUAGAGAUGAGGUAAAGGAGUGGGUGGAAGAAUUGAGAUUGUCGACGAGUAGUCGCAAUGGAACGAAAGUAGGAUUGGUGUGGGCUUCUCCCCAGGAGCAAAAUUGA